GCCCAGCAUGGCCGGGGCUCAGCCGGCCGCCCCGCCGCCCAUCAGCCGCCUGGCAGAGCCCCUGCUGAAAAGACUCAGCGACCUGCUGGAUCGCGCGGCGCCUGGCAGGGGCUGGCGGGACUUGGCUCUCCUGGCCGGCAGCCACGGCGGGCUCAGGCUCAGUCCUCAGGAGUUGGAGCAAUGUUCUCUGCAAGUACUAGAGCCCGAUGGAAGUCCCAGCCGGAGUCUUCUUCAACUCUUGGGGGAAAGAGGCUGUACCGUGCUGGACCUAAGAGAGCUGCUACAAGCCCUCGAGCACAACGAGGCCCUUCAGUGUCUCAGUCCUCCGAGUAUAAAGAUAGCUGUAGAACCGGAAUCCCAGGCAGUGUUUCCUGGGCAGAUGGUGAAGUUGAACUGCUUGGCUACUGGAUAUCCACUUCUACAUUAUCAGUGGUUUAAGCAACAGAAAGAGAUUCCACGUGGGAAUUCUCCGGAGCUGGCGUUGAACGAAGUGAAUCCAGAUGAUGCCGGGUUUUACAUAUGUCGAGUGAACAGUGGCUUUUCCUUUGUGUUCAGCCAGUGGGCACAACUGACGGUUCGUGAUCUCCAAGGAGCCAGCCAGGGGAGCUCUCUUGAUCUGCCAAAAAACCAGCUAUAUAUUUGCCUCCACCCACAGUCCCAAAAUCUGUUAGUAGGGGAAACGUUGGUUCUUCAGUGUGGAGCUAUCGGGAUUUCCUCACCUCAGUAUCAGUGGUUCAAGGAUGGCUCUCUGCUACCCCAUGGGGAGAAAAAGUCUUACAUGGUUUCCUGCGUGGAUGUCGAACAUCAAGGCACGUACUGGUGCCGUGUUUACAAUGAUCUAGAAGCUCAAGAAAGCAAGAAGGCUGAAGUCAUUGUAGGUGGAAAAUCUAUUGCAGUAGAAUGCAGUGAAGAAGAUUUAACGGGCAUCGGAGGGCCAGCAGAUCUUAUGGAACAAUUGACUGAAAGGCAUUUUGCCGUAGACAAAGUAGCCUUGCUGAUCGGCAACAUGAGUUAUUGUAGGCACCCAAAGCUGAAGGCUCCUUUGGUGGAUGUUUAUGAACUCACCAAUUUGUUGAGGCAACUGGAUUUCAAAGUGGUUUCCCUCCUGGAUCUUACUGAACCUGAGAUGCGGAAUGCCGUUGACGAGUUCUUACUGCUUCUGGAUAAAGGAGUAUACGGCUUACUAUAUUAUGCUGGCCACGGCUAUGAAAACUAUGGCAACAGUUUUAUGGUUCCUAUCGAUGCCCCCAAUCCCUACCGGGCUGCCAAUUGCCUCUGUGUACAAAACAUACUCAAAAGGAUGCAAGCAAAGGAGACCGGCCUCAAUGUGUUUUUACUGGAUAUGUGCAGAAAAAGGAAUGAGUACGACAACACCAUUCUAAUCCUGGAUGCCCUGAAGGUUACAGCUAACAUUGUCUUUGGAUAUGCCACAUGUCAGGGGGCGGAGGCUUUUGAAAUUCAACAGUCCGGAUUAGCCAAUGGGAUUUUCAUGAAGUUUUUGAAAGAACACUUAUUGGAAGACAAGAAGAUUACUGUGUUGCUGGACGGGGUGGCAGAAGAUAUGGGCAAGUGUCACCUUACCAAAGGCAAGCAGGCUUUGGAGAUCCGUAGCAGCUUAUCUGAGAAGAGAGCGUUAACUGAUCCCAUUCAGCAAACAGGAACCUCUGCAGAGGCGCUGGCACGGAACCUACAGUGGGCCAAAGCGCACGAGCUUCCUGAGAGCAUGUGCCUGGAGUUCGCGUGUGGUGUUCAAAUUCAGCUUGGCUUCGCAGCCGAGUUUUCCAACGUCAUGAUUGUCUACACGAGGAUAGUAAAGAAACCUCCUGAAAUAACAGUCUGCAAAGCCUAUGUCACAGAUUUCCCACUUGACUUAGAUGUGGAUCCUAAAGAAUCAAACAAGGGGACACCUGAGGAAACUGGCAGCUAUUUGCUUUCAAAGGACUUGCCCAAACACUGCCUUUAUACAAGAAUAAGUUCACUACAGAAGCUGAAGGAAGACUUAACUUUCACGGUGUGUCUGCAUUAUGAAUACGCUGGAAUAGACGACAUUGUGGACGAAAAGAAGUCGGUGAACAUCGGCAAACCGCUCAUUGCGAAACUGCGUAUUCAUCAAGGGUUCCAGCAGAACAGUUGUGUCAAGAGCUGCUGGGCACCCAACGGGGCUUGCCUCGCCCAGACCCCUGUUGUGGGGGCAGCCAAACACUACCCCCCUUCCAGUCGACACCUUCCGCCACACCCCCACAUGGGCUUUUGCCAACCGGGCCCCAUUCACUCAGGAAAUCCAGCGCAGCCACUGCAGUGCCACUGUGAUGUGACUCCUGACAGGUUAAUUGAUUGGCAGUCCACCUGGAUGUAUCCUUCCUGCUCAAACCCGAGCAACAUACCUGUGGAGACGACGGAUGACAUGGGUGAAGAACUGGGGUCCCAUUUGUCAGGAAGUUUAAGGUUGUCUCAUCCGCAGUAGCUGCAGUCUUUCCACUGAGCUGUGUUUUUGCUGACAAUGCUCCUGAGAGCGCGAGCGGCAGCACUACUUUUGCGUUACCUCCUUGGUUUGAAAGAACAACAUUAGUGUUUUAUCAGUGACAGCGAACCCUUAAAUGUAUAUAUCAGGCAACAAGAAAGGAUGAUUUGUUGCGUCAUUCAUUGCAACAUUUCUUUGCUGGGGAAGCGUUGAAGAAAUUACAGGUCACCUGGAAAGAUGGUGAUACGUAGGAGCCUGGUGAAGAUGGAGGAUUGCAACAAACCCAGUUAUGUCAUUGGAAGAAGAUACGCGCUCUCCUGCCUUUUAGGGUGUGUUUAGGGAGUGACACAAUACUUUCGAAUACAGCUGAUGAACACAACCUUAAUUGAGUUUGGGCUUGCUGACCUACUUAAACAUCUGGAUGGAGUCUGUCGGAAACAGGGUGCUGGGCUCCGCUGGUUCGCCUCUUGGCCCACCAGGGAUAUUCUCAUAUUUGUUGGAAUGUUGCUUCUGGCUUCCAAAUCUGAGUUCUGUUCAAACCGGCAGCACUUACGGAAAGCUUCAAAAACGUUGUCAUUCAAAAGCUGCAGAACCCACAUUUUCACAAGUACCAUAUGGGGUAGUUAUUAAAGAAGAGAACGAAGAUAUUUGUCUUGUCAGGACACCUGGACUUGGUUCAUAGCUGCCAAGAGCAAAUCCGCUUUUCCAGAUGCUGUUCACCUAACCUUCACCGGCUGCUUUUGUUAGUUUAUUUGAGAUCUGCAUUCCAUUCUUCUGUAUUUAUAACCUAGAGCAGUGGUGGCAAACCUUUGGCACUCCAGAUGUUACGGACUACAAUUCCC